AUGACGUUCACGGUGUUGACGCUCUUUCCGGAGCUGUUGGCUCCCUUCGUGGCGACAUCGAUCAUCGGCCGGGCCGUCGACCGCGGCCUGAUCGACAUCGAGACCGUCGACAUCCGCGACUACGCCGAUGAUCCGCACAACACGUGCGACGACAGUCCGUAUGGAGGCGGCGCCGGGAUGGUGCUGAAGGCGGAGCCGGUCAGCCACGCGAUCGAAUCGGUGCUGAGACGGCGCUCGUCCAGGCCGCGCACCGUCUAUCUGACGGCGGGCGGCGCACCGUUCGAUCGGCACCUCGCGCGGCGCUGGGCGGCGGAGGGACGGGAGCUGCUGCUGAUCGCAGGCCGCUACGAGGGGGUCGACCAGCGCGUCGUCGAUAUGUUCGUGGACGACGAGGUGUCGAUCGGCGACUACGUGCUGAUCGGCGGCGAAGUGGCCGCGAUGGCGGUACAUGGAUGUAGCGGUUGCGACGCCGCUUGUGACCGAUGA